AUGGCUGGAGGAAAAGAGACGGGAGGAGCUCCACUCAAAAGGGUGGAAUCAUUGCAAAAAGAGAUUGGGCACUUGUAUGAUCGAAUGGAGACACAAGGGCAUAAAAUACAAAACCAGGCGUACUCCUUGGCGUCGAUGCAGAUUAAGAUGGAUCAGAAGUUUGAAGAGAUUUUGAGUGCUAUCAUCAAAGGAAAGAAAACGGGAGAAGAUUUGGUUGCGGAUGAGCCUGUUUUUUCCGUGUUGGAGACAUCGAAAGGACCUUCAAAGGAGUACAUCGGGGGUUCACGACAGGGCACCAUGGGCGGAUCCGGUGGAAACGGGGACGGAGGCGGACGAACUGCGGGAGGCGAGUACCGUGGGGUGACGAAUUGGCGAUUUCGAAAACUGGAUAUGCCAUUGUUUGAUGGUGAGAACCCGGAUGGAUGGAAUUUACGAGCAGAACGUUACUUCAACUUUUACAAACUCUCUGAAGCUGAUAAGCUGGUAGCGGCAGUGGUAGCCCUCGAAGGUGAUGCCUUACUGUGGUUUCAAUGGGAGCACAAAUGUCGUCCCGUCACACGCUGGCAAGAGAUGAAAUCUAUCCUCCUACGCCAGUUUCGUCCGACAAAUGCAGGAAUGUUGCAUCAGCAAUGGCUUGCCCUAACUCAAACUGGGUCAGUUUUAGAUUAUCAACGCUCUUUUAUCGAACUACUUGCCCCAUUAAACAACAUACCCGAUGACAUUAGUUUGGGCCAAUUCAUUAAUGGGUUACAAGAUGAAAUUAAGUCUGAGGUCCAGCUCUUGAUCCCAUUAUCGGUGGAACACACAAUGUCCCUGGCCAUCAAAGUUGAACGAAAGCUCCAAACUCAGCAACAUCGGGAACCCAUCAACCCCAAUCCCAACCAUCGAAACACAGUACCAUCUCUGUCCACGGCAACAGAAUAUAAGGCCACCAACAAACUUGGGGGGAAGUGA